UUGUCUUACGAAAAUGGUGCAGUAAAGGCCAGUAUUAACCCAUUAGUAUCACGCCAGGUAGCCUAACCCGGUAGCUGGAGAACAGCUAUGGCCAAGCAUGCAGUGUGGUCAUCUGGGACAAAACUGUGGAGGUCUCUGGCCUGCGCGAAGUCCGAGCUGCGCCUGGAUCUCACGUUGGCCUGUGGACAGUCUUUUCGCUGGAGAGAAACUGCAGAAGGCCACUGGACUGGAGCGAUGGGAGGACGAGUGUGGACGCUGACUCAGACAGAUGACACUCUUUGGUACCAUGUUUACGACAGCCAGGACAGCCAGGGAGUGAGAUGUGACAGGAAAAGAAAAGCCGAUGCCUCUCUACAGACGGAGCACAAGAAAAGGUUCAAAGGAGAUUUGAAGAAGGAAGAGGACGAGCCAGUGCCUGUGACUUUAGAGAACGACACUGAUGAGGAUGAAGAGAUGCUGAGAGAUUAUUUCCAGCUAAAUGUUAGGAUGGGGGAUCUGUACAAGGAAUGGGGGGCAGCGGACCCCCACUUCAAGCGCAUUGCAGACAUUUUCACAGGUGUGCGGAUGCUGCGCCAGGACCCCACUGAAUGCCUGUUUUCUUUCAUUUGCACCUCCAACAACCACAUUUCUCGUAUCGAGGGUAUGAUAGAGAGGCUGUGUCAGGCUCUAGGCAUCCAAUUAUGCCAGCUGGAUGAAAAAUCUUACUACAACUUUCCUACACUGUCUGCUCUAUCAGAUGACAGCGUAGAGGCUUGUCUGAGGGAUCUCGGUUUUGGAUACAGGGCUCGGUUCCUACAGCAGAGUGCGAAACAGAUUUUGGACACCCAUGGACUCGGUUGGCUUGAUGGUUUACGCAGUGUCCCAUAUUUGAAGGCCUGUGACGCCCUGCGCACUCUCCCCGGUGUUGGAUGUAAGGUUGCAAACUGUGUAUGUCUGAUGUCCCUGGAUAAGGCAGAGGCUGUCCCUGUAGACACACAUGUGUGGCAGAUUGCUAAACGCGACUACAACUAUGCUUCUGGAAAUAAACAAAAGAGCAUCACAGACAAACUUCAUAGAGAUAUUGGGGAUUUUUUCAGAAAGCUUUGGGGCCCUUAUGCUGGUUGGGCACAGACAGUUUUGUUUUGUGCUGACCUCAAAAAGUUCCAAAAGCUGAAAGAAAUGCCGCAGCCAAAGAAGGAGGAAAACUGCGAAGAAGAAAUGAGAGUAGCAUGCAAGAAAACCAAAAUCAAGAAAGAGAAAAAUUGAACUGCGAUGACGACAAAAGCCAAGUCGGCAUGAGAGAAAGAAAAGAUCUCUGUCUAGAAUGGGAGAGAGGUAAACUCACUUUUUACAGAUCAGAACAUUUUUUAAAUACAUUGGCAUUCGUCAUUUUAGCAAAGUAAAUUUCAUGGUAUUUAUAUAAGGUAUAUUUGUCAGGUAGAUGGUAUGUAAAAAAAAAAAAAAAUGGGCAAAACAAUCUCAGGGUUUCAUCCACACGUGUUUAUGUUGCUUUUUGUGCCCUCUGUCAAGUCUGUUUUUUCUAUGAGUUCACUACUGCAGCGCAAAUGCAGCAAACUGAUGUUUUUACAUUAAAGACAGAAUCAUAUUUCCAUCAAA